UUGUGUGUAGUGUAACCGCAGAUGAUAACGCGAGACCAACAAGCCGAGCCAACCACAAUCAAAGUUUGGCGAGUCCUGGACGAAGUCGAUAAAAGUUGGACGUCGGCCUUGCUUCGUGCAGCGAAACGUCAAUGAAGGUUUCAGCAGAAAAGAGUAGAAGAGAUAGGACUGCUCCACCUACUUGUCUCGCAAUUUUUGUUUGAGUGCGAUUAUUGAAUACAAUCGUUCUGUUUAGUAUUUGGAGAUUUUUAUCUUCCGGCUGAUUAGUGCGGCACGUUCAUGCUGACGGGGGCUUUGAAAUGAUCACGGAAUACGUCUAUUAAGAGUGCUUAUUUGAGGAGACUGUCAUGAAGCAAUAUAUUUAAAAGGCGCAGCAGCGGCUCAAUACUGGGACAAUAAUAUUGGAAAUAUAUUAUACAUCUUCCUUCUACAUACAAAAAAUUCAGAAUGGUGGAGCUCGACACAGUGCUGACUGAGCUGGGCGAAUUCGGCCGCUUCCAGGCGUUCACCUACCUUCUCAUCUGCCUGCCCGUAUUUUUCUCGGCGGCAAACAGUUUGACCUACGUGUUCACGGCAGGGGUGCCGCCCUACCGAUGCUUCGUGCCGGGCUGCGAUGACGACGAAAACUCUGACUUUUCGCAACCCUGGCUGGCCGUGGCCAUCCCCCCAGCGGCCCCCACAGGGCCCUAUCAGCCGGCCCAGUGCCAGCGCUUCGUCAGAAAUGGCACAGGGUGCGUGCCAAGUGCCUUCGACACGAAUAGACAGGAGGCCUGUGAUAAGUGGGUUUUCUACCCUGGAGAAAAAACCAUUGUCAAUGAGUGGGGAAUAACAUGCUUGGACAAUCAAUGGAAGCUCUCGUUAGUCGGUACGCUACAUUUUGCUGGCAUUUUGAUUGGAAGUCUACUGUGCGGUUAUCUUGCUGACAGAUUUGGACGCAAGCUGGUCCUAGUUGGAUCUUUGGUGCUGAUGUCCGUGACUGGCAUCGCGCAAGCCGUGUCGCCUUCGUACCUGGUUUUUCAAUUCUUCGUGUUGCUUAAUGCGAUCGGUACGUCAGGCGUUUAUCCGCUCGCAUUUAUCCUUGGAGUCGAGCUGGUGGGGCCAACUAAGAGAGAAAUGUCCUCCAUGGUGAUAAAUUACUUUUAUGCCGUGGGAGAAGCAAGCGUCGGGCUCUUUGCUUGGCUGUUUGACGAGUGGCAGAGUCUGCAACUGAUCGUCUCUGUUCCGCCAAUUUUUUUCAUAGCAUACUAUUGGGUGGUGCCAGAAUCAGUCAGGUGGCUGCUGACACAAAAGCAAAACUUGCAAGCCAAGAAAAUCGUUCAGAAAGCGGCACGCACAAAUGGUGUCCACCUUUCGCAAGAUAUUUUGAAUUCUUUCGAUGAAGGAUCACAGUCGGAUUCGGACUCGGAGGAGAAAAAGGAGCAUGCACAAGGCCUGAUGCAAUCAGCCAGGGCGCUCUUUCGAUCUAAGCGCCUCAUCUUCCGUUCGCUAUACCUCUUCUUUAUUUGGGCUGCAAACGCAUUUGUCUAUUACGGUCUGUCAGUGAAUUCGACCAGCCUCGGCGGCGACAAGUAUUUAAACUUCUCCAUGGUCUGCCUGGCCGAAAUCCCAGGCUACUCAUUGGCGUGGCUGUGUCUGCACAAGGGCCGCCGUCCGUCGCUCUGCGGCUUCAUGCUUCUGUGCGCCGUGACCUGCCUGGCAGCCGCCUUCAUUCCUCAGGACAGCCAGACCGGCAUUCUCAUCCUCUUCCUCACAGGAAAAGUGGGGAUCACUGCGAGUUUUGGAAUAAUUUACGUUUACACUGCCGAGCUGUAUCCGACGCCGAUGAGGUCCGCAUCGGUGGGCGCGUGUUCGAUGAUGGCGCGGUUCGGCGCCAUGGUUGCCCCGUUCGCGCCGCUCCUCUCCAUUUACUCGGCUCCUCUGCCGCUGCUGCUUUUCGGAUCGGUGUCGUUGGUAGCCGCCCUGCUGGGUUUGCUGCUUCCGGAGACAGUGGGCACACUUCUGCCCGACAACGUCAACCAAGCCGAAGCACUGUGUGACGCAAGCUGAGCCGACUGAUCAUGUGUGAAUUGUUAGUUUCCCCGUUAUUAGAUACUUUAUUAUUUACAACUUAUAAUUUUGUACUUUCUAUACCUGCCACAUUAAAAUAUAUUUCUAUUAGAAGA